GACCCGGGGCGGCUUCCCGGAGCGACAGUGGAACUCCGAAGUUGCGCCGGACCUUGGCCCUGACAGUCGGAGCUCCCGGCGCGAUCCCUCCCGCUGUCCUUCGCCGCCGCCGCCACCCGCUGCCCUCCGCGUCCAGCCCUCUGCGCCAGCAUGACGGGCUCGCUGUUCAAGGCAAACUUCUGGAGCACGGACAUCCUCAGCACUGUCGGCUACGACAGCAUCAUCCAGCAUCUCAACAAUGGCCGCAAGAACUGCAAGGAAUUUGAAGAGUUUUUAAAAGAACGGGCAUCAAUUGAAGAGAAAUAUGGCAAAGAUCUGCUGAGUCUCUCCAGGAAGAAGCCAUGUGGACAGUCCGAGAUCAAUACCUUGAAGAGAGCCCUCGAGGUCUUCAAGCAGCAAGUAGACAAUGUGGCCCAGUGUCACAUCCAGCUUGCGCAUACUCUGAGAGAAGAGGCCAGGAAGAUGGAGGAAUUCAGGGAAAAGCAAAAGCUGCAGCGGAAAAAGACAGAAACUAUAAUGGAUGCUGCCCACAAACAAAAGAACUCUCAAUUCAAGAAAACCAUGGAUGCCAAGAAGAAUUAUGAGCAGAAGUGUCGGGACAAGGAUGAGGCGGAGCAGGCUGUCCACCGCAGUGCCAAUGUGGCCAACCCAAGGCAGCAGGAAAAGCUUUUUGUGAAACUGGCAACUUCAAAGACUGCAGUAGAGGAUUCAGAUAAAUCCUACAUGCUGCACAUCAACAUGCUGGAGAAGAUCCGGGAAGACUGGCAGAGUGAGCACGUAAAGGCCUGUGAGGUGUUUGAGGCUCAAGAAUGCGAGCGCAUCAACUUCUUCCGGAACGCAUUGUGGUUACAUGUCAAUCAGCUGUCCCAGCAAUGCGUCACAAAUGAUGAAAUGUAUGAACAAGUCCGUAAGAGUCUAGAAAUGUGCAGCAUUGAAAAGGACAUCCAGUAUUUUGUGAACCAGCGUAAAACUGGACAGACCCCACCAGCACCCAUCAUGUAUGAGAAUUUCUACUCUCCUCAGCGGAAUGCGGCCCCACCCGGAAAGACCACGGGGCCCAGUGUAGCAAGGAGAGGACCUCUCCCAGUUCCUAAACGUUUACCAGAUGACCCUGAUUAUUCCUUGGUUGAGGACUACACUUUGCUCUAUCAGUAGCACUCAUGGUG